AUGAAAGCAGAACGAGAUUAUGUAGUGGAUAUAGACAGAUCUGGAACUUAUGCAGAUCGUAACCCAAUUAUUACAAUUAUUGAUACAGAUACUGGAACAGAUGAAGUGAACUCCCAAUGGGAUGAGGGACUACACCAGUUUUUACAACUUAAACAUGGAUGCAAAAUAACUUCACAAAGUUUAAAAGCUGUUUUCAUCUCUAAUAUUUCAUUUUUUAAAUUAUACCGCACUUUAUAUGGACUAACGGGAUCAUUAGGAUCACAAAGAGAAAGAGACUUAUUAAAAGAAAUACAUAAAGUUGACUUUGUGACUAUUCCAACAGCUGAACCAAAACAAUUUCAAGAGUAUAAACCUAUUCUCUGUAUUAACAAGAAGGAAUGGAUAACUUAUAUACAACAAGAAGUAAAUAAAAUCAUAGAAGAAAAUUAUCGAUCUGUUUUAAUCAUCUGUGAGACUGUACAUAAUGUGGAAGUUUUAUACAAAGCAUUCGGAGGAAGAACUGCAAGAGGUGUUCACAAAUAUGUUCGUGAUUACGAAGAGUUCGAUGUAGCUCAAGGCAAGAAGGAACUAGAUCAGGGACAGAUUAUUAUUGCAACUAAUUUAUCUGGUCGGGGUACUGAUAUAAAAAUUACUAAAAAGUUAAGGGAGGCAGGAGGAUUGCACAUUUGUCUAACAUAUUUACCAAGAAAUAUUCGAGUUGAACAACAAGCGUUCGGCCGAGCAGCACGAUGUGGAGAUAGAGGUUCCGGUCAGCUUAUUAUUCUAGAUUCAUACGGAACGGAAAAAAGUAUUGCAAAAGUAUUAGAUCUGAAGAAGGAACGUGAUAUAAACGAAGUAUAUCGUAUAUCAAAUAUAAAAACAUACUACGACUUUCAAAUUUAUGAGGAAGAAAGGUGUUUUAAUGAGUUUAAAAAACAAUUCGAGGAACUGAAAAAAAUUCUUAGUGUUCAAAACGUGCGUUCUGAAAUUAAAGAAAUUCUCCUACGAAGCUGUUUAGAUCAGUGGACUUUUUGGUUAGAUAAAAAUUGUCAUCAUAUAAAAAUGAUAUCAGAUGAGCAACAAAAACAUAAUUUUUAUAAACGUUUUGAUGAUUUCAUUACAAAAUUGAAAAAUUUCAACUCUGAGUGUAGCAGAAAUUCCUCCGUUCAUCGUAGAAACUAUAACGAAAAUUGGUUAAAUUGGGUCGAUGGAAAUCCGGUUCAAAUGAUCAAACUUGGAAAAUAUUUCUCGCAAAAUAAUGAGCACAAAAAUUCAAUUAAAGAUGCUAUUCGUUUAUUUGACGAUGUAAUUAGAAUGGAACCAUAUUUUAGCGAAGCUGCUCAUUACUACAAAGCAUUUGCGUUAACGAAAUGUAAUAGGGCGAGUUCAAAACAAUUUGAGAUGGAGUUACAAAUAGCUGCUAAACUCAUAGAUGAACAUAUCAGGUUUGUUAUGAUUACGUCUGGUAUCAUAAAUGAGAUUAAGGAAAACAAUAAUAGUAUUAUACGAAUAAAUGCCUUUAGGGAACAACAAGAGAUCACACUUAAACUUUACCAUAUGUUUUUACAAUCUAUAGAUGAUAUAUUUGGUCACAAUAUAACACCACAAUCUUUCUCUAAUUAUGAUAUCAAUGAAGAACUGUCUGAAAAAAUAUAUAAAGAUCUCAUUAAAAACAAGAUUCUAAGUAAAAUGAAAGUAAAACACAAUAUUUCCGAAGAUGAUAUAGACACAAUUUGUUUUAAUUAUGGAAUAUCUACAGAUAUGUUGAAAUCAUUUCUUUCCAAAUAUGUAGAUAUCAAUGAAAGUGCAUUUCUUAAAGACUUGAAAAAAGAAAUCAAAUUACCUAACAAAGAAGAAUUUUGGAAACUUCUCAUGGAAAAAAACGUCUUAAUUGAUGACGUACAAUUCAUUAUUGUAGACAUUGAAAAAUUGAAUGAAAUUGAUCCUUCAUUACUAGAUUCUUUGCGCUCUCAAAAUGAGUUCGAGCAGAAAUCUUUGGACGACAAUAAUGGGUAUAUUCUUUUCAAUACGUCUGUUAUUCCUAGAACGCAAAGGUUUAUUACUUUUAAAAAAGACGAAUUUGUUAAAUAUGUAGGAAAGGAAAAAUAUAAAUCACUUAAGAAAAAGAGAAUAUUUUCAUUUAACAGAAAAUCUCUUUUAAAUAUAGUCAAUACAAAGUCGAUAACUUUUCCCUGUUACGAUUCGAUUACUCCAGAAGAUUUUAAUAAAAUAAAUAUUAAUAAUAAUGAGGCAGUAAAUAUAUUAACAGAACUUUGCGAACAAAGUGUUAUUGAAGAUAUAGGAAACAAUAUUUAUAGAUUAAAAAUCAAAUUUUACGAAAUCGAACAAAUUAAGCUGCGAUACUGCCCAGUUUAUGAAAAUGACGUGAAAACAUUAUUAUCUCUAUGUUUUAGUUAUAGAAUCGAUUUUCAGAAACUUGAAGAACAGAGUCAGAAAAAUGCUCCUAUGUGUUUACAAAUAAUGUCAAAACCGCAUUUGGAUUUAUUUUUCGAUUUAAUAGAAAACAAAUUAAUCAAAUGCAAUACAGUGAUUACUCAUAAUAAAGAUUUAGAAGAAAAGUUAAAGCAAAUCUAUAAACGAGAAAUGAAUAAAGAUGAUUUCAUGCUUCUGAUAUCUCAAGAUAAACUUAUUCCAGAUGAGUGUAAAGAACUUCUUUUAAACCACUUGAUUAAAAAAAAGUGGUUACGCUUGACACCGAUAGGUUAUUACAUUAACAAUGAUUAUAUGAGACAAAAACCAUUGAACUUUAAUGCUGAAACAACUUACAAAAUCCAAGAAAUUGAUAAAACUGUAGAAAAGAUUCUUGAUAAUGAGCUGCACUUAGCGAAAAUUGAAACAAUACAAUUUAUUGCCAACACUUUAAAAAUAUUAAGGAGUUCGUUGCAAUCAAUCAUAGUUCCUGAAUAUAAGUUACAAUCACUUUCAAGCUUAAGUGAACUCAAGAGCAUAGAAGAAAUGCACCACUUUUCCCUCAAUGCAUUAGAUCAAAUCUUACAAAUAAAAGAUAAGAAAUAUACUCGAAAUAUGAUUUGGGACUGUAUCAUUCCUAUUGGAACUGGAAUAUGUAAAGUAGCUGCAGGUUAUUUGAUGCAUAUAAUAACAAAGUAUCAAAACACUGGAAAUGCAUUUGGAAAUGCAUUAAUUAAGGAAGGCUUAAAUGAUUUAACAAAUGGAAUAUAUGCUUUACUACCACGGUUUUUUGAGUGGAAAUUUUAUACACAGUGCAAGCUUAUGAAUUUAUUUUCUUCCGUCUGUGCUUUUGGUUUAAAAACUCUUAAAAAAGGUGCUAACGUAGCAAAAUUUGCUUAUAAAAUUAUUAAGUCAAACCUGGGUUUUAAUAUGAAAAUAACGAACAUGUCUGAGGAAGCAUUAAUUAAAACUACGGCUCUCAAUUUAGCAGAAAAGAAAGUAACUAGACUCACUGCAGCGAAAACUAUAGAAAUAGUAUGUCAUUCCUUUGCCAAUGUAGGAAUUGUUUUAUUUAUGGAAAAUUGUCUUCGAAAAUUAUGUGAAGAAAUGGACACUAUGAUUUUAUCUACUAUAGAACAAGAGAUCGAGAUUGAGCUCUGUAAUAUUUCCGAAAAUCUAGAAAAACUCUAUAAUUUAUUGGGACAACAUAAAGCACUAAACGUUAUAAAUGGGCUGACGAACAGUUUUUUUAAUAGUCAAGAAGAAGAAUUGGAACUUCUUAAUCAGAAACUGGAAACAAACGAAAAUUUUAAAUGCUUUGAAAGAGAAGUUGUGAACCAAUGGAAAUCUAUGCUUCGCGAAAAUGUUAGUCAAAUUAUCGAAAAACAUAUCGUCAGCCCUAUUUCAAAGAAGGGAGUUAAUCACCUAAUAAAACAUGUGAGAAAAAAUAUACAACGAGUGCACACAUACUACACAGAGCAAGGUUAUUCUGAAAAUUUUGAACAAUUGAAGCAGAUUUGUAUGAAAAAUCUGCUUCAAAAAGCUGAUGAAGCAAAAGAAAUUGAAGAACAAAUUACAGAAAAAUAUCAUAAGGAUUUGAUAAAACUCUUAACCAAAACUAAGAACCCUGAAUUGUAUGCAGAUAUGAUCGAAGAAGGUAUACCAAUGGAUAUCGCAUGUAUAGAAUUUUCUCCAUUGAAGGAUGCAAUGUCACGAGAACAAUUUAGAACAGAAGUAAUUGAUUGUAUUAAAUCAGAUAAAGAGAUACGUAAUUAUAUAAGGAAAGGAGGGCAUCAAACUCACUCGUCACUUAGACCAAUUGAUAGUGGACUUCAGAAGUCAGAAAAAACAGAAAACAAAGACUUGUCCAUUGCAUUGAAUGAAGACAUUUAUGAUUUUGAACAAUAUCGUUAUAUGAGAAAAAAGCGCAAUUUUUACAAACAUAUACUUCGUCGAUUUGUACGCAAUUGCUAUUUGUCACAGUGCCAUCCUAAAUUUGCGCAUUUUCUAAGUCAAGUGCAAAAUGAUACAAAAUGUUCCAAUGAAUGGCAUGGAGAAACUGAAAGUAUAGAUGUAUUUCCAUCACGAAAUGUGAAUAUAUCUACAAAUACAACUUAUACAGAGUCCUUUACCGCAGAAGAUGCUACGAUAUUAAAAGAUAUUAGAGAUGAACUUAAAACCACAAUUAAAUUAUUUAUUGCCAAUGAAAAUGUUAGCGAUGGCGAUCUGGAGUUCUGGAAUAUUUUCUUAGGUGAUAAUUCGGUUAAGCUUUUAUUUGGCAAGAAUCAAAACGGCUCUACAGAUUCUACAGACAAGUAA